GCAGGAUAACAAAGCCAUUGACCUUUGCCGAUUGUGUUGGAGAUGAACUUCCUUUAGGAUGGGAGACGGUAUACGAUAAACAAAUUGGAAUUUAUUACAUGGACCACAUAAAUAAGCUCACGCAGAUCGAGGACCCCCGCGAACAGUGGCGGCGCGAGCAGGAACGGAUGCUGAAGGAGUACUUGAUCGUGGCCCAGGAGGCGCUGAAUGCCAAGAAGGAGAUCUACCAGAUUAAGCAGCAGCGGUUCGAGCUGGCGCAGGAGGAGUACCAGCAGCUGCACAGGCUGUGCGAGGACGACAGCCGCUCCCACGCCAGCUCCUUCUCUGGAUAUUCAGCAAAUACAAAGUACGACCCAUACCAAAUUAAAGCAGAAAUAGCAAGUCGUCGCGAUAGGGUGAGUAGAAUGAAGGAGGAGCUCAUGCCGCUUCUGGACCAAAGUAUUCCAGCCUCCCGAGCCCUGAGGGCCUCCAAGGCUCAAGACUUGGUAGGGAAGGUGAGACGGAGGGUGCGCUGUAGGAGGCUGCUGCUCCCGAUCGAUCGGAAGAUGUCAAGCGCUCAUACCAGCUACAAACCGGACGAGGCGCAGGCGAUAAUGACCGAGCUCCGGACCAUCAAGAAAGCCAUCUGCACCGGCGAGAAGGAGAGGCGGGACCUGAUGCAGAGCCUGGCCAAGCUGACUGAUGGCUUCAGGAAUAGCUUUUCUCUCAGCGACCCUCCGCAAGACUUCCCUCACAAUCCAGGUGUGCUCAGCGAUUCCUUACCUCAGCAGUUCUGCGAUGCUGGGUCUCAGACUGACAUCAUUGGAGAGUUUGUCUUUGAUGAUAAAACAAGACUCGUGGACCGCGUCAGGCUUAAUUGGCAGUAUGAGGAAGCCAGAAAGAGAGUCUCGACAAUCCAGCAGCAGCUGGCCCAGCUAGAGAACGAGUCAUGGCCAGGCCUGGCGGAGGCCGACAGGGACCGGUUGCAGCUCAUCAAGGAGAAGGAAGCCCUGCUCCAGGAGCUGCAGCUCAUCGUCCAGCAGAGAAGGCCGGCGGAAGACGUGGCGCGGCUGGAGGCGGAGAGGAGGCGCCUGGAGGAGGAGAUCCAGCGCGCCCGGGCCACGUCGGUGCAGGGCGCCACGGAAAGGAUUCUGCUUCAGGAAAAAAGAAAUUGUCUCCUUAUGCAGCUGGAAGAAGCUACCCGCUUGACAUCCUAUCUCCAGUCCCAGUUAAAAAGCCUGUCGGCCAGCAGCCUGACUGUGUCUUCAGGGAGCAGUCGCGGGUCCCUGGCCUCCAGCCGGGGCUCGCUGGCCUCCAGCCGCGGGUCCUUGAGCUCCGUCAGCUUCACCGACAUCUACGGCCUCCCACAGUACGAGAAACCCGACGCCGAGUGUGGCCAGCUUCUGCGCUUCGAUCUCAUUCCCUUCGACUCCCUGGGACGAGACGCCCCCUUCUUGGACCCCCCGGUGCCCUCGGGCUUCCACAAGCAGAGGCGCUCCCUGGACACGCCACAGUCCUUGGCCUCCCUGUCCUCCCGCUCCUCCCUGUCCUCUCUGUCUCCCCCGAGCUCGCCCUUGGACACGCCCUUCCUCCCGGCCUCACGUGACUCGCCCUUGGCCCAACUGGGGGACGGUUUCGAGGUGCCCGGCCUGGGCACCCUCGACAGACUGCGGGCCCAGGCCUCUGCUUUGGGGGAUGAAGACUUGCAGGGCACGGCCUCCCUUCAGCCUCACGGGUUCCCCGGGGAUGGGGAAGGACCUCGCGAGCGAGGACCCCAAGCGACCGUCACUCCCACGGCUGCCAUGAGGGAGAAGCGGUGCGAGCGCUGCACCGUCGGCUUCGCCGGAAGUGCCCGGGCUCCUUGCUUGUGGGCUGGCCUUGCAGGAGUGCAAGGCUGUGCCCGGGAAGCCGAGCGGGGUGCCGGGGCACGGGGUGCAGGCAGGGAGCGCUCUCGUUGGCGGGAGAGCCGCGCAACAAAGGGCUUCCAUCUGAAUUCCGAGCUGGGGCCUUCGGGGCCUCCCGUGGGGCAGGAGUGGCGAGAAGAGCUGGGCUCUGAGAGUCCGCUCCUCCGGCCAUCCCGGCACGGAGCCGGCUUCAGUCCUGGACCAGCGAGGCGCCCCGGAGCUGCCCGGGCCGGGCACUGCAGACGUCGGAAGGACAGCCUUCGUCUGCGGCUGAGAGCUGCGGCCCGAGCCAGCCCGUCUGUCCGGGCGCUGUCUAGCGUGUUUGGCUUGGAUCGCACCUACUGCUCUAAGGCUCUGGAAUUCCAGGCCCCCCUGGUAUUCAAUGAAAUUUUCAGAAUCCCUGUGCAUUCAAGCAUGUUGACGUUGAAGUCACUGCAGCUGUACGUGUGUGCGCUGACUCAGCAGCUGCAGGAGGAACUGCUGGGCAUUGCUCAGAUCAACCUGGCCGACUACGACGGGUCCAGCGAAAUGCAGCUGCGCUGGUACGCGGUGCAGGUGUUCAGCAGCUGCGGGCCGCCCAGGGCGAGGGAGAGCGAGCGGCUGGGGGCUGCUGCUGGGGACCCCACACAAGCUGCCACCGCCGGGAAGACGGAUGCGGUGACGGCGCUGCUGGCCAGAACCACAGCCCAGCUGCAGGCCGUGGAGCGCGAGCUGGCCGAGGAACGGGUGAAGCUGGAGUGCGCGGAGGACGAGAUCCUCGAGCUGGGGCGGAAGGAGGAGCUGGCCGAGGCCGUGUCCGAGAGGAGCUGGCAGGCUGACUCGGUGGACAGCGGCUGCAGCAGCUGUGCCCAGACCAGCCCCCCACACCCGGAGCCCUGCUGCGUGGGCGGCGACCCCCUCCACGGACAUACAUUUGCUGGCCAGGCCGACCCUUACAGCCCCGAGAAACUUCAGCCCCCACCUCUAAAGGUCGAUAAAGAAACCAACACAGAAGACGUCUUCCUGGACGAAGUGGCGAGUCUCCCGAAGGAGAGGCCCGGCCGCAGGGCCCGAGGGUCGCCUUUCGUUCGGAGUAGCACAAUUGUGCGGUCGCAGACCUUCUCCCCUGGAGCGCGAAGCCAGUACGUUUGCAGACUUUACCGGAGUGACAGCGACAGUUCAACGCUGCCCCGGAAGUCCCCGUUUGUCCGAAACACCUUGGAAAGACGGACCCUUCGCUACAAGCAGCCCUGCAGGUCCUCCCUGGCCGAGCUCAUGGCCCGCACCUCCCUGGACCUGGAGCUGGAUCUCCAGGCCUCCAGAACGCGCCAGAGGCAGCUGAACGAGGAGAUCUGCACCCUGCGGGAAAUGAGGCAGCGGCUAGAAGACGCGCAGCUCCGAGGCCAGACCGACCUCCCACACUGGGUGCUGCGGGACGAGCGGUUCCGGAGCCUGCUGAAGGAAGCCGAGAGGCAGACAAGACAGACCAAACUUGACUUCCAUCAAGAACAGGCAGCUGAGAAGAUGCUGAAGAAGGCCUCCAGGGGGGUGUGCCAGCUGCGCGGCCAGAACCACCAGGAGCCCGUCCAGGUGCAGACCUUCAGGGAGAAGAUAGCAUUUUUUACAAGACCAAGGAUUAAUGUGCCUCCUCUGCCUGCCGACGACGUUUGACAUAGUGCUUUGUACACAUGAAGUAUUUAUCCGCCUGUUUUAUUUUCAUGAAGUUCUUAGACUAGCUAAAUUUGUCCUUAAAAUAUUUGUGCAAAGCUAUUAAUAUACACACUUUGUAAAAAAAACACACACAUAUAUCUAUACGUAUAUAUUUUAUAAUAGUGACGGCAACAGGGCUUGGUUUUUCCUUGUUGUGAAACUGACAUCUCUGAAAACAGGUUAUUUUGUAAAAGAACAGCUGUCAUGUUAAGAAUGUACAGUUUUUACGCUGUUUUAUUUGACUUAAAGGCUGGAAGACAGAAACAAAGUGAGUUCAGGCAAAUUCACUGUAUUGUAAUUUAUUUAUAAUACUUUUUUUCCUUGAAGGAAAAUACGGACUUUAAGAUGUAUUUUAAAGACUAAACUUUUGUGCUUCAGUAUUUGUCAUGCGGUUACAAUGGAGCUUUGGGGCCGGUUCUGUUUCUGCCACCCAGACCGCAAACACUCUGUGCUGAGCGCGUCACUUGUAUCCGUUUCCCGCGCGUACCUACCGUGUAUCUCGCACGCUCCGCACUCUGCCUUCGCUCAUGGUCGCAUGCGCUGUGCGAGCCGAGCUGUCCCCCAUGUGGACGGCGCACCGGCCGCCUCUCCUGUCGCCUGCGUCUUUGUGCGCUCGCCGUGAGUCUGGGGCAGCCUCCCGGCCCCCGCAGCCCGGCCUCAGGCCUGCCCGUCCAGGGUGGCCGUCUGCACAGCCCGCCCUCAGCAGACCGCCGGCAGCCCCCCUGGGAGCCUGCCCCAUCCGAUGAUCAUGACCGACGAGGCCGCGUGGAGCCCCCGCACUACGGCUCUGUCACGAAGGGAAGCCACGAGAGCUAGGAGCGCGCGUUUUCGGAGAAUCCUUGAGUCCGCGGGUGGACAGAGUGCUGUGACACAGACGUGAUGGCCUCUGAAGGCGCUUGUCUGGGGAAGGAAGCGAGCACAUGUGGGGAGCGACACUUGCCCAGGGAGUCACUUACAGGAGAGGAUUUGAUUUAAAUCAAAA